UGUAGCUCAAGUGUGUUGGUCGGGGGGCCCAGGAAGUCCUCUCUCACCGCUUGGAGCGGCACUGCUGUAAUGCAAACGUUCACCUCUCGUUGCAGUCCAGUUCUGUUCAUUGCAAUUGCAGGGGAGCCGCAUUUGAUGCUAUUUGAUGUCUUUUGCAAGAUGAUGCGUUCUGUUUGUUGUUUUGUGUUGCUCUCUCUCUCUCUCUCUUUCUCUCUCUCUCGGGCCUAGUGGAAGUGCAUCCACAAGGACUGACUAGCCAAACUGGCUCGUGAUUCGCGUCGGAGCAAAGUAUUGGCCAAUGGGUCGGCCAAGAAGCUGAUCCAACUCGACGCGGCGUUUCGCAUCAUGAGGCACAUCACCAACAAUAAUACUGUUACCUUCUUGGAGAAGAUCGUGGGGGGAAGCCGCUGACAACCUUGCUGGAGGCUUUGCUUCUCCAAGUGCAUCCACGGCUGAGGAUCCAGACAAGGCUAGGGAAGAUGAGAUGUACGAUGGUGAUGGCAUGGACAGCAGUACGAAUUGCGAUGAUUGCGUCCCACGGUCGUUGGCUGGCAAAGACGAUGACCAGGAAAGCAUCUUGGUGGACAUGCGGGCGGAUCUCAUAAGCACGCCGCUUGAUAAGCUAAGUGCAGUGCCGUCAAGCAGGAGUUGGCCAACAGUCGCACGGUCGAGCAACGCCGGUGUUCAAGGAGGGCGUGGGGAAGCUCCAGCAGCAAAUGGAGUGCCUGAGUACAGUACCAAUGCAUUCGCGAGUGCCCACGUGCGCAGCCCCAUUCUGCAGGAGAAGCGGAAGGAGGAGAGGGUCAACAGCGGCAGCCCCGGAAUCACGAGGAGCGUGGAACGCUUUGACGUAUUCUUGGCGUGAGGGCAGCAAGUCCCUCUCCGCACCAACUGCUGUGGCAGCCGGCAGGGUGGAGACACACCCAUACAGUGUGUCCGUUGCUGCAAUGCGUGUUUGGGGUACCCAGGCCUCAACCUUCCCGUUCCCCUAUUCACGUUUCUAGCAUCCUCCACUCGCCUCUUCCAUCCCCUUGUAGGGCCACCGCCCGUUGACAAACCAGCAGCUGAGGAGCUGACGAUCGAGGAGUCCUGAAAAGCUUGAGGAGGAUGCACAUGUUUGAGCAGAGGUGUGGGGGCAGCAGCGCACCUCCCUUCGGAACCUCUGCUGCGAUCCGUGCCCGACGACUGCAGGUUUCCUCUUGUGGGCGGAUCCCAUGCGAGUUCAGGGAGUGCAGCGGAGCAGUGUGGGCUCCGAAUGUCUCGGGGCAGGGUUCGUUCCCUGCUGUAUUCCGCUGUAUUCCUCUCUGUCUCUUCGAACCCUCCCAUUAUAGGGGUAGUCCUUCCCUGGCCCCCUCCUCAUCUGCUAUCCUGGCGUUUGCCGCUGAUGUGGGUCAGCAGCAGUGGUG